AUGACUCAAUCUAACAACGUAAACCAAAAUCCUUACCGUCGGGCGAGUGAACCUACUACAAAAGGAUUAUCAAUACUUCAUGGAGAACCAGAAUCAACAGGAAUCCAAAGACGAACAAGUGAGACCUUUACUACAUCUAAUAGCAUGACUGCAAGAAACUAUGCAACACAUAAGUCUCAUUUACAUGACUAUAGUAUCCCAGAAGAUGUUGAGACUGUAAAUAAUUCAAACAAUCAAGCUAAAAAUUGGACUGUUCAGGGAACACAGUUACCUCCACGUAUUUCAUCAUUGUAUCAUUUACAUGAAAAACUAAAUUCUUCACAAGUUGCUCAUCAAACCAACACAAUGCAACUUACACAAAAGUCAAAGACUUCUACUAUUAUGCCAUCAACGGGAAUAGAUAGCAGAUCUAUCAUUGGUACACAAUCACAGCCUACAACAAUUUCAUUAGAAAGAAAGCAAAAGCAACCUGCAAGAACUCCUUUAGAAAGGAAACCAUCUCUAAUCAAAAGAUCCUCUCUUGAGAGAAGGCCUGUACAAAUUGUGAGAUCUUCAUCCGAAAGAAAGAGAUCAAAAUUAGUUGGAAGAACACAAUCAAAACGUACUGUGGUUAAGCGAACUACUGCUAUAUCUAGGAGAAAAGAUAAAAGAAUUGUUUUAGAAAUAUCAACAACUUCAAAUCAAAACUAUUCAAAUGAUCCAACAGAUAUGGAUGCUGAUUUACCUCCAUUAAAAACCAAAAAAACUCCUUGGCUUCCAGGUCCUCAACCUUCUCCAAAACUCAUUCAUGCUUCUCUUAUACCCCUUCCACAAUACACUGAAGAUGUUUCAAAUAAUUCAAACAAACGUUCUUAUGUUUCAUCCUCUCGCUUAAGUGUAGCAUCUCGAAUUUUAAGAUCUUGUCGUCCAAGAUACGUUUCAUCAAUUUUCAUGUCUACAGAUUUAUCUUCUGUACAAAAUUCAAAAUCGAGACAAGAGAAAGAUUUUUUUACUGUUCCUCAAGGAAAUCGUGCUUCUCAAAUAUUUAGACGUCGAUUACUCGAACAAAGUUUGUACAUGUCAUUCGGUGGUGGACUACCUGCAUCUACCAAACCCCAAUUAAAACCUUCAAGACGUCGAAAGACUAGGAAAGGUUACAACGCUAAACUUAAAGACAGAGAAGCAAGAAGAGAAAAACGUAGAAAGGAAAGAAAAGAGAAAAGGUUGUCUAGUACUAAUAAAAUAGAUGAUAAGGAUCAUCAAUGUGUAAACCCUAUCGUUAUUCCUAAGAUACUGGGUUCUGAUGAAUUGUUUAAAAAAGUCGAGGAACAACUUCGUAAAAAAGAAUAUUUGAUGUCUCCGCCUCCUCCUCCAAGGUAUAUAAAUCAACAAGAGAAUCAAAUAUCUGAACUAAUUCCAAUACAACGUUCUAAAAGUAAUGCCAGCAAUAUUUCUUCUUUGUUUUCUACCCUUCCUGAAAAAAGGUCUACUAGAUCUGAUGACUUAAAUGAUAAAAUGUUGGAAUCUUCUACUUCCAUUGAGCCUUUUCCAACUCAUUUAACUUCACAGCGUAAAGAUAGGCUAACUUAUUCAACUAAUGUUUUCGUCCAGCCACCUACAAUAUUAAUGUCUACAGAUGAGAUAACUCAUAAUUUUGAAAGUUCUCAAUCGGAUAAACAGGUGGAAUCUACGGAAAAAAGAAGUGCUGAUAAUAGUAAUUCAGGAACUCCAUUAUCUCCUUUAAGUCCAUCAAUAUACAAAUUCGGUUCUGGACUUUUAAGUUUAUUUAAUAGAGGAUUCCAUCAUGACCCAAAUUCAUCUGCAUCAGGUGCAAGUUCUCCCACAACUCCACAAAAUCAAAAUUAUCCUCCUUCACCACGAUCUCCUUUAUCACCUAAUUCUCCUUUAUCACCUGUUUCUCCUCGGCAACUUACGGCUUCUCAAGAUCCCUUUAAAAAUCCUGGAGAAUCAUUACAUCCAUCUUCUCAAUCUUCACGUUCUGGAUCUUCUAAACAAUCUACUGAACCCGCUUCUAAAAAAAUUCUUUCUACAACAUCUGAUCCAUCCCCUCAAUUAUCGCGUCCUGCUUUUUCUAAGCGAUCCAAUGAUCCCAUAAUUAAAAAAACUCAUCUAUCAAAAACUAUAACAGAUCCUGAAAAAUUGAGAAAGAUGCAAGCUCUGGAAGAAAUACUUGCUUCAUCCGAUGCUAAAAAUGAACGAAAAUCUCAAAAAUUCGAAAAUGUAAUGGCUUACACUGAACAAGAUGGUAAAAAGUCUCGUGUUGGAAAAAGCCGUACUUUAAAAACUGCCAUAGUAACAUCAACAACUGCAAUGACGUCCCCUUCAGUAAUACCGGUUGAACCGAUCACAAGUACUGAAAACAAUAAUAAUAAUAAAAUACAAGAAACAUCGUCAUCGUAUCCAGAUAUUUUACAUGGACAAGAAAAUGUAUUACCAAAUGUAGUAUCUACCUCACCUACAACUAGUUUAGAAUCUGAUCAUUAUGAAGAUGAAUCUGAAACACUUAAACCUCCGAGAGGUUUGCUUGGUGAUGAUGGUGUCAUCAGAUUAACUCUUACACCUGCUAUAUGUCGAUAG